UGCAGGACUGCAAGCAAUUAGGGAGAGAUAGAGACAAAGGGAAGGGGAGAGGCAAAGUUCCUCUACCGUAUAUCCACACCACCCGCGGGAGAGUACAGCAAUCAUAACGUUCGUUUAUUACUUUGUUACUUUUCAUUAUCCCCCCGUAGCAGGUCGUUUGUCGACUUUUUCUCUCUGCCCCCCCCCCCCACAUUCUGCACAAACCCGUCGAAUUGGAGGAAGGGGUGAGUUUGCAAAGUGAGCCCGCAUCAUGGUCGUUCAUUAUAACCCCCCAUGGGCAAAUACUCAUAUUAUUGGUAUUGCUGGCUCUAGCGGUUCAGGGAAAACCUCCCUUGCAGUUCGUAUCGUGAGUGCUCUGAACUUACCAUGGGUGGUUAUUCUAUCAAUGGACUCUUUCUACAAGCCCCUGAACCCGGAACAAUCCGCACAGGCAUUUAGGAAUGAAUACGACUUCGACUCCCCAAACUCUAUUGAUUUCGACAUAUUGGUAGAAAGGCUUGGGGACCUAAAGCAGGGGUGCGUCUAUUCGUUUGAAAAACAUCAGAGAGCUGAGCAGACGACGACAAUCUACUCUUGCCAUGUCUUGAUUUUAGAGGGUAUCUUUGCUCUUUACGAUCCUCGGGUGUUGGAAUUGUUGGACAUGAAGAUAUUUGUCGACACGGACGCAGACGUUUGCCUUGCUAGGAGACGUGGGCUAACUAACGCUACUAGCAUCCAUGGGGCAAUUAAGCAAUGGACAACCUUCGUUAAACCAAACUUCGAAUUAUAUGUCGAACCGCAGAAGAGAAAUGCGGACAUCAUGGUCCCCCGUGGGAUCGAAAACUCUAUCGCAAUAGACAUGAUAACGAAGCACAUCCAAAGAGCGCUCCUCACCAAAUCCAACGAACACAUCAAAACCCUCCAGGCCCUCGGCCAAGGCCACGAUGCCGACGAACCCCUCCCGGCAAACGUCAAAGUCCUAAAGGACACCCCACAGCUCCGAGCGAUGCACACAAUCCUGCAUGAUGAAGAGACCACGCGCGAGGAUUUCGUCUUCUAUUUCGACCGCCUGGCAACGUUGCUGGUCGAGCGUGGGUCAGAUCAUCUGGCUUUCAAGUCUAAAGAGGUCGAAACCCCACAGGGGAUUAGCUAUGCGGGAUUGGAGUUGUCUAAAGACGUUAGUGCUGUCGUUAUCUUGCGCUCAGGAGGCACUCUUGAAGUUGGGCUCAAGAGGGUGGUUCCUGACGCUAGGAUUGGGAGACUACUUAUCCAGUCCAAUGCUCGGACUGGAGAGCCUGAGUUGCAUUACCAGAACCUGCCUUCGAGUUUGGCCAAGGAUAGUGUUCUAGUACUUGAUCCGCAAGUUGCGACCGGGGCCGGGGCCUUGAUGGCUAUGACAGUGCUGAAGGAUCACGGCGUUGAGGAGGAGAGGAUUGUCUUCGUUACUUAUCUUGCUGGUCUUGGUGGGCUGAGGAGGUUGACGAAAGUGUUUCCAAAACUAAAGAUCAUUGUAGGGAAAAUCCAGGAGGGAUUUGAGAGAAGGUGGAUUGACGAGAGGUAUUUUGGAAGUUAG